AUGGCCUCCGCUCACAGCCCCGCCGGAGCUCUCCUGCUGCUCACCUGCGCCAGCCUGAUCGCCGCCAUGGGCCUCCCGGAGCCCGCCGCGCCCGGGGGUAACCAGGCACAUCCGCGGCUGCCCGGGAACGAGCUGCCCACCUCGCCUGCCGACAGCCUACCGGAGCCAACCAUGGCGCACGCACACAGUGUGGAUCCCCGGGAUGCCUGGAUGCUCUUCGUUAGGCAGAGUGACAAGGGCAUCAACAGUAAGAGGAGGAGCAGGACCAAGGCCAGGAGGCUGAAGCUUGGCCUGCCAGGACCCCCAGGGCCACCAGGUCCUCAGGGCCCCCCAGGCCCUCUUAUCCCAUCUGAAGUUCUUCUGAAGGAGUUCCAGCUAUUGCUGAAAGGUGCAGUGCUGAAGAGGGAGAGCUCGGAGCCCAAGCACUGCACCAGCGACUUCACCACACCAGCCUCGGGCAGCCCCUCCCCGGUCCCGCCCACCCAGGAGCAUGACCACAACCAGGACCCAGGUGCCCUGUUGGCGGUGCUGGCUGCGGCCCUGGCCCAGGGCGCAAGGGCACCACACGUAGAGGCCGCGUUCCACUGUCGCCUGCGCCGGGAUGCACAAGUGGAGCGGCGCGUGCUUCAUGAGCUCGGAGUCUACUACCUGCCCAACGUCGAGGGAGCCUUCAGCAGAGGCCCAGGCUUGAACCUGACCAGUGGCCAGUACACCGCACCAGUGUCUGGCUUCUAUGCUCUCGCCGCCACUCUGCACGUGGCGCUCACAGAGCAGCCGCGAAGAGGACCGCCAAGACCUCGGGACCGUCUGCGGCUGCUGAUCUGCAUCCAGUCUCUUUGUCAGCACAAUGCCUCCCUGGAGACCGUCAUGGGGAUGGAGCACAGCAGCGAGGUCUUCACCAUCUCAGUGAAUGGUGUCCUGUAUCUGCAGACAGGACAUUACACCUCCGUCUUCUUGGACAAUGCCAGCGGCUCCUCCCUCACGGUACGCAGCGGCUCCCACUUCAGUGCCAUCCUCCUGGGCCUGUGAGGGCUGCUGUGGGGGCUCUUACCCUCACCAAGCACAGUGGUCUGAUUUCUACAGUGUCAAAUGACAAUGGCUCUGUGCAAGAGAAAGCCCACUGGACCUCUACACUGGGCACUGCAUGACCUCUCAGCACAGCGACCCUGCACAUUCCUGAUGAGGUAAUGGAAGGAAGCAGGCUCUCCCAAAACCAACAGCAAAUUGUGGGUAUCAUAAGCCCCAGCUUGGCUCUUCUGGGACCAUUUUGCAUAUUUGGUAGCACUUGCUGUACCCCCAGCUGCAGAGCUGGCACCCUUGUGUCUCCAUACAGCCUCAAAUUCCUUCCUGUGGCCCAGCAUCUUCAGUACUUUGUAUGGAAAUAUAGCUAGGCCACUACCUGGAACAGGUACCUGUACAAGACAGGCUAUGGGGAAAUGAUUGUAGGUCCUUAGUGCUUAGUAGGGGGGCCCAGGCCUUCUUGGACUACACACCCUGUCUACAGAUUCCUGGGUCCAUAUACAGCCACUGUUACAUGCCUCUGCCUGCAGUGUAACCUCAAGGACCUAGGGACUCAGGCCAGUGAGCCUGGGCCUGGCAGCAGUUUCUACUUCUAGGGUAAGCAAGAUGAAUUACAGGCCCCUUAGUGGGUACCCUAAACAUAUGUGAUCUGUACUUCUCUGCCAUCCCUUUCAUAGACAAGCCAUCUUCACCCCUACAAAGGCUACCCUUCCCCAACCCUUCUGAAGCUCUGGCUCACAAGCAUCCCUCCUGAGACCCACUCCUGCUGCAGAGCGUGGUCUGGCUGAGCGGGUGGUCUGGUGGUGAAGAAGCUAGUUGAGGACUCUUCCCAUGAGAAGGUGCAGGGCUGCCUUCCAGCUUGUCUCAAUGCAGUCUCAUUUCUAACAAAAUGUGGGACUGCCCCACACAGGCAGUGGAGAGGACUGGGACCUCCGAGGUCCCAUAGCUUGCUGAUGAAGAGCUAACACCAGCAUAUCCAUCCCCACCAGAUGCUUCGGUAUCUCUUGGCCUAGCAAGAGUGUUCAAGCCUGGGAUGAGGGGCAAGAGAGUAGUAAUUACCAGUCGUUUCGUCUUUUAGCUGACCUCAGGAUGAGGUUACUACAUCAACCCUAAUGCCCUUCUAUAAUCAGACUUCUCCCCUGAAGCAGGCUGCCAACACACAACAAGGGAAUGGAGGGCUCUGUCCAUGAGCGGGCCUGGCCCGAUUCUCAGUAGGGCUAGUACCCACCCUACCAGGAAGCACUGUACUGGCCUGGGUCCUGACUCCCUGGCACUUUGAUAAGUGCAUGGGGUAGGCACACCCUUCUCUGGACUUCACUUUGUAUCCAGUAGGCACAGACAUGUUAGAGAAGUUAUCUUCUACCCUUGAGAAAGCCACAUUAAGCACAUAUCUUAACACUGUGUUACACAGCAACUUAAAAGUAUUUAUUGUGUCCUACUGCCUGGAAGAAUGUAUUUAUGUACUGAAUCACACAAAGCUGUGACAAUGAAGGACAGACCUGAGGCUCAUUACCUUUUUCCAGCCUACCUCACCAAAGACUGUGAGGGGUGAGAUCUGGAAAGAGAGGGAGAGAUGCCUCCAGUCUUGGGGCUCCUCUUGAAGGUGGCAGGGGAGGCUUUUACUAACGAGGAAGGCUACAGGUGUCUUUCAGCAGAC